GUUUUCCGAGACAGAAAGAUGGGUUCCUGCGGAGAGAUGAUUUCAAAUGUUUUUGUUGUUGUUCUUGUUGUUGUUGCAUGCUUGCGCCCUGCGCAGGGCGAGGCGGGACGGCGGCUGACAAACUCCUGUGGACCGCCGUGUCGUGCCCAGGUUGCCGGGGUUAGCGGGGCGAGGUGGGUGGGUUCCAGGUUUGCUCAAGCAACUCUUUCCGGAAAGUUUGGCGGCGUUUCCCAAGAUCUAUGAUGCAAGUAUGUAUUUGGGAAAUUAAUUAAGACGGGAUAACUAA